AUGAGAUUGGAAUCAGCUGGGCCCAUGCUCUUACCUGUUCGGGAGCAAUGCUAGAAAAUUCUGGGGAUUCUUGACACGUGCUUGCUGAGUAAUGGACGAGUCGGUGCUGGAGCGUUACUUGGAUGACUCUUUUGCAAAUGACUCUGGCUUCCUGGACGGGGAAGAUUCCGGCCUCCCGAGCACGGCCGACCCGCUCCCGCCCUCCCCGAAGGCGAGCGGCGAACUGAGCGACGACCUGGACCUCAGCUUCCUACCUGACGAGCUGAGUGCCAGGACACAGGAUUCCGAAGGAGGCGGUGGGAGCGUCGCUCUGGCAUCCCACCACGAAAGUGAAGAUGAAGAUCAACCUAUUUUGUCAUCCUCACGGUUGGCUAACGACAGUGCCACCUUCUGCCCCAUGACCCCCAUGACGCCCAUGACCCCCAUGACGGAGAGGUCAGGGAUCGUCCCGCAGCUGCAAAACAUCGUCUCCACAGUGAACCUGGGUUGUCCGCUGGACCUCAAGUUCAUCGCCCUUCAAGCCCGAAACGCAGAGUACAACCCCAAGCGCUUCGCCGCAGUCAUCAUGAGGAUCCGAGAGCCCAGAACCACGGCGCUGAUCUUCAGUUCCGGGAAGAUGGUCUGCACCGGAGCAAAGAGUGAGGAGCAGUCCCGACUAGCGGCCAGGAAGUACGCCCGCGUAGUGCAGAAGUUGGGCUUCCCCGCUCGCUUCCUGGAGUUCAAGAUCCAGAAUAUGGUGGCCAGCUGCGACGUCUGCUUUCCCAUCCGUCUGGAGGGCCUGGUCUUGACCCACCAACAGUUCAGCAGUUACGAGCCCGAGUUGUUUCCGGGUUUAAUCUACCGGAUGGUGAAACCUCGGAUCGUUCUGCUCAUCUUCGUGUCGGGCAAAGUCGUCCUGACGGGUAGGCGUCGGCCAGUCAGGGUGCCGGCAACAUUCAAUAGAUUACUUGAUAAAUCAAUGAUCUGCCAGUCAAUCUGCUUUCCUUGCAGGCGCCAAAGAGCGCAGCGAGAUCUACGAAGCCUUCGAGAACAUCUACCCAAUUUUAAGAGGCUUCCGCAAGCAGUGAUGUCACUUCCUGCUCAUUUGUAAAUAUUUGCGCUGUUUUAUGUUGUUGGCAAUUAAUUUUAGUCAUGUCAGAACACAAAAGUGGGGAAGAAGUCAAAUAAAAAAAUUAAAAA